GUGAGACGGAUCACAAAAAGUCAGUUUGCUCUCAAAUAUAUAACAAGCAUCAUGUUGAAAAUAGUUGCAGCUUUGUUCUUCUUAAUUGGAACUCUGAAUGGUCAGCUGCAGAGGGAUACCUGGAUUGAUAUUUGUGCUGAUGGAUUCAGCAAACCUUAUGAUUGUUGUCAUAAAAGCCUUCGGGAUCCUUCAGACCCUACUGGCAAUACUAUCCUAGUAGAUGAAGGCAUGGAGGGCCAUGAAUAUCUAAUUACUGUCACUUCACCUCAAAGUUAUGCUCUGCAACGUCAGAAAUGCCUUCUGUUAGACUCCAUUGGUGAUACUACCCACGGUUAUCAACUGGUCACCUUUGAAACUAAGAAAGAGAAUUAUUGUGUUGCAAAAUAUCUAGCUGCAGAAUAUCCUAAAACCAAUUUCUUCCUCGGGCUUAAGGCAGAGACAGAUGAGAUCAAUGCCUUCUACUGGGAUGAUGAGAUGUUUAAACAAGCUGGAUAUGACGCAGCUAAAGAGGACCCGGAUAUUCCAGCUUUCACUAACUGGUCCCCAACAUCACCUGCUGGACUAGAAUGUGUAAAGAUGGAAGCAGGACCUGCAAGUGUUCUUAACGGGCUCUGGCAAACCACUGCUUGCGACACUCCACAGUUCUCAAUUUGUGAACGGUAUUUACUGUCAACAAUUACAACUACAUCUACUUCUACUUCUACUUCUACUGUAAAAUGUUAAAGAUACAAUACAAAAUGAAAUAUAUCUGUUUUAAAAGAUUA